CUCAAGGUCGGCUGUGACUUCGGGACAAGAGCUUCAGGUCCUGCAUUCCUGUGCGUGCGCACAGCUGCGCUGCACAAGCCCCCCGGCGGGCAAGUUUUUGGGCGCUUGCGCCAUGGAGGCGAGCGGCGUUCGUCGCCGCGGGCAGUCUUCCGCGACCAUCGCGGAGGAGCAGCCGUCUCCGGCGGUUUCUUCGAAGCCACCUUGGUCCCCGGCCCCGGCUGCGACGAAGGGUUCCCCGUGCCCUUCGCCGUAUCCCUGCUCUGGCGACGGCGACCAGGCGGCGGGACCGCAUAUUCGUAUCUCGUUGUCGGACCCAGGCAUGCUGCAAAGCGUAUGCUGCUGGAUUCCAGGGCUACUGAUCUUCCCGCCCAUGUUGGUUAUCAUCUUCUGCGCCUUCUUCGCUCAGGACGUGAUGAUGUGGAUUGCCGCUGUGCUAUCUGUCUGGACCGUGAUCUACUCAGGGAAUCUCUCUAUCUCAUGCGUGUUGGGGGCGUGGAGGAUGCGCCGCGACGUUGACGUCGACUGGCAGGCCAAGCUAGAGAAGGUGCAGGCUGAGGCUCCAGAGGCCAGCGCCUUCAUGCACGUCGUUUUCCUGCCGAACUACAAGGAGGACGAGGAGAUGAUGCAGCAGACUCUGGAGAACCUCGGGCGCUCUGCCUUGGCCCGCAAGAACAUGCACGUGGUGCUGUGCAUGGAAGACAGGGAGGGCGAGGCUGCGCGUCAAAAGGCCAGGAAUCUGAUCGAUGCGUCACGCCACCUCUUCGCGGACAUCGGCGCUACUUUCCACCCGGCGAACUUGCCAGGCGACGUCGCGGGCAAGUCGUCCAACACCCAGUGGGGCUACCGGCAGGCUUUGCAGAGGUUGGCGCCCCAGCUCAGCAAUCAUGAUGCUUCGAAGGUGUUCCUCACGGUCAGCGACGCAGACACCCUCUUCCAUCCACAGUAUUUCAGCGCAAUGACCUACCAGGGCUUGACCAUGUCAGCCCACGAGCGUGCUUGGUCAAUCUGGCAGUCGCCUAUCUUGCUCUUGCGAAACCUCUUUUCUACGCCAGGCCCCACGCGCUUGUCUGGUUAUGCCACCAUCAUUUUCGAGCUUGCUGGUCUGGCGAACCAGAAGUUCUCUCCACACUUCAGUUACUCGAGCUAUUCCGUCACGCUCGCUAUGGCCUCCCACCGUUUCGUCGACGGCUGGGACAGGGACGUGAUCGCGGAGGACCACCACAUGUUCUGCAAGUGCUAUUUUGCGUCCAUCUGGGAGCAGCUGGACGCCCUGAGGACGGGAAUCGGUCUGCAACCGAGUGCCACGGAGUGCGCGGCAUCUCGCGUUCGGCUGCGGCCCGUGUUCUUGCCGGCGAUCUCGUACCUCGUCGAGUCUGACGGCUGGCUCGCCUCGAUCCACGCCCGUUUCGUGCAGGCGCGGCGGCAUGCCCAGGGUCUGGCUGAGUUGUCAUACAUCUUCCUGCAGCAGGCGCACCUGCUGAUGUCAGGCGGCUCUAGGCACAUCGCUAGCGCCACCCAUGUCAAGACCUGGAACAUCGCUGGGAAGAUGGCCAGCGUGCACAUUCUCGCCAACAUGCAUUCCCUAUCCCUCAUCUUGACGACCAUCCUGCUGGCUGUUCAGACUCUGCGGUGGCUUGUGUCCCAGAGCCCCCAGGAGCUGCUCUCAUUGUGGUCCACUCGCGGCGCCGAGGGAUUGUGGAGCUUGCAGAGCUUCGCAGGCUUGAAGUGGGCCUUGUUUGCGAUCUUCGGUCCAGUCCCACCUUUGAGUAUGCUGAUGUCGACGACGACAUACAUUGUUGUGCGGGACGCGCUGGAGGGCAAGCUUUCGCGUGACCCUGCGCAUCCAAAAGAGUUGCCAAGCCUGCAAGGCUCGGUCGACGGCGGUAUGGGCCGGUUGCAGCAGCUGAAGCUUUAUCUUAUGGUCCAGAACGACUAUUUGAGCGGCGCGUUCAUCACGCUGUUCGCCUAUGGCCUGGUCCCAGCGACGAUGGCCGCAUGGUCGCUGAUGACGAGGGGCACUGGGUUCGAGUACGUCGUGGGUACCAAGCCGAAGGAGACUGCUGCGUGAGGUACCCCGCUCGCGCUGACCUGGCGCCGGAGUCGCAGCUGCGCUGCCUCGAGGCGGCGGCAAGUGCGUGCACACCCCGUGCUUCCUGGUCGGGAACUCGGCGGCGCGCCCAGGCGGGAGAGUCAGGGGGGGCGGGCCCUCUCAGAAGGCGGCGGGUUGCAAUGUGUA